AUGGCACCGAUAGAAGUCUCAUCUCUCGGUCAACCACCGGACGAGAUGCUGAGAUUUAUUCUGCAACAUGGCGCAGUUUCAGAAUUAGGGGCCCGUCUAGGUCAGUUGACCAUACACGACAAACCUGUCAUACACACACCUCACUACAUUGUACCGACAUCGAGGGGCGCCAUCCCCCAUGUCUCCCAAGACAUCUUGCGGAAACACACGAGAAUAUCAGCUGCUUAUGUGUCGCUCGAGGACUUCAUAGAGAAAUUGCCAGACAACCCGCCCAUCUACAGCACCCCGACUCAAAAUGGAGAUUCGGCACUGCGGAAUUUCACUGCGCUUCCCUCCCAAUGCCUAUCUAUUCUAGGUCCUCGACGCGUUCCGAAUAUAAUAACGCCGGCGCAUAAUACGAAUUCGUCGGUGACAAUCUCGACGUCUGUAGGCUUCAGAUUUCUAGAACUGAGCCGUUACAAUGAGGCCUUGCGCAGACUAAGACCGGAUAUCUCGACAUGCCUCGCAGACAUCAUUCCGACAGAGGGCGCAAGCCUGAAGAGGAUAUCAAGAAGUGCAGACAGGACACAUGCCUGGCUCCGAGACACAAUUGAACGCACGGGUGGCGAUGGAUUGCGACCGUUCUUCGCCAGCGUCCCACCCCUCGACUCCCCCUUACUUUCACUCUAUCUCGACGACCUACGAGACGAAUACAAAGAGCACAUAUCCGGAUUAUGUAUCUACUCGCCUGAAACGGCGGCAGGACUCCCAACUUACCUCGAACAUUUGCCCAGGAUAUGUGUCGGUGACCCUGCCACUCCGCAGGCAUUACUAGCAUCAAUACAUAUGGGGGUCGAUAUGAUGACGGUACCCUUUGUCACACAAUCGACGGAAUCCGGGAUUGCUCUGUCCUUUUCAUUUCCAGGCUCCUCGGCAGCAGAAACCGCGCAGCCUCUCGGAAUUGACAUGUGGUCCACCUCCCACGCCACAGACACCUCUCCCCUGAGCGAGGGCUGCAAAUGCUAUGCCUGUCGGGGGCACCACCGAGCAUAUGUACACCACCUGCUUCAGGCCAACGAGAUGCUGGCCUGGACUCUGUUGCAGAUUCACAACUAUUCCAUCCUCGACUCUUUUUUUGAACAAGUCCGUGACAGCAUCAAGCGGCACUCUUUCGAAGACGACGUCCGGACUUUUUCCCGCGUCUAUAAACCCGAACUUCCACAGCAGACUGGCAAAGGCCCGCGGAUCAGAGGCUAUCAGAUGAGGAGCGUAGGUGGAGGAGAACCCAGGAAGAACACAAAGGCCUAUGGCAAAUUCGACGAUCAGUUACAGAAGCUGGCUGAAGCCGAGUCGGGCGUAGCUACCCCUGACGGCGAUGCAAAUGACAUUGAGGAGCAUGGCUUAGCCAAGAGAUUAUAG